AUGCAAAUCAUGGACCUCGAAACCCGCCUCGACCAGCUUGCUUCCGAAAAUAGACUGCUUCAAGGCGCAAAGGCAAGAGCUGAGGAUGCCAUGCGCAACGCCAAUAACGAUCAGCGUCAGCUAGCCGAGGAGCUCGAAGCACGUGACUCCCAGAUCCAGGCCAAGGACGCCGAGAUAGCCCAAAUCAAGGAGCUGCUGCAUAACUUGCGUCAGGAGAUUGUCCGCUUGGCUGAGGUGAAUGCGACUCUCACUGAGGCAAACAAGAACCUCACUGCCGACACGGAGCGCCGCUAUGCCACGCUACAGGUCGAAACCAAGCAUGCCAACGAGCAAUGGCAGCAGUCACUUGUGGCGAUGGAGCAGCUCAAGCAGCAGCACGGCCAACUGACUGCCGGUAUGGAGGAAGUGGUGCGCUCAGAGAUCAAGAGUGCAGUCAAAGACAAAGACGCCGAGAUCCUCCGGUUGAAGAUGGAGCUUGCCGAUGCUACGGAAAGGGUCAAGGACCUCCAACGGCAUAUCCUUGAGUCGAAGCAGAACGAAAGCUUCCUCACCGUCCGUGAUGAGGACUACUUCGACAGUGCGUGCCAGCAGCUCUGCCAGCACGUCCAGCAAUGGGUCCUCCGAUUCUCCAAGUUCUCCGACACCAAGGCUUGCCGUUUGUCCAGUGACAUGAAGGACGAGAAGAUUGAGACUCGCCUGGACAAUGCCAUUCUCGACGGUACGGACGUAGAUAUGCUGCUCGCCGAUCGCGUCAAGCGCAGAGACGUCUUUAUGUCGGUAGUUAUGACGAUGGUCUGGGAGUAUGUCUUUACUCGCUACCUCUUUGGUAUGGAUCGCGAACAGCGUCAGAAGUUGAAGACGUUGGAGAAGACAUUGACGGAUGUUGGACCACCUCGAGCUGUAGCUCAAUGGCGCGCAAUCACCCUGACCCUGCUUUCUCAGCGCCCAACUUUCCAGACUCAGCGCGCACAAGACACCGAAGCAGUGGUACAGGAGAUCUACGGCACGCUUUCGGCACUGCUGCCGCCGCCAUCGCAUCUAGCCGGCCAGAUCCAAGAAUCGCUGCGCAAUGUGAUGCGGCUUGCCGUUAACUUGUCGAUCGAAAUGCGCACGCAACGCGCCGAGUACAUCAUGCUACCGCCGCUGCAACCCGAAUACGACAUCAACGGCGACCUUCUACGCAAGGUGCACUUCAACGCAGCGCUGAUGAACGAGCGAUCAGGCGAGACGACCUCGAACGAGGACCUGGAAGCGCGGCAGUCCGUCGUCAAGAUUGUGUUGUUCCCGCUAGUGGUCAAGAAGGGCGACGAUGACGGUGAAGGCGAAGACGAGAUUGUUGUCUGUCCGGCGCAGGUGCUGGUUGCGAAGCAGGCGCCGAACCGCAAGGUCGUGCGCGUCUUGAGUGGCCCGAUGGAAAUUGAUGAGCGCAGGAGCCACCAAUCGAGGAGUAGUAUGAGUGGAAGAGGCGGCGAAGGUGGCCCGGCUGGGGGUAUGGGGAGUAUUGGCGGCAUGAUGGACACAGGAUUGUAA